UAAAUAAGUGAAGCGCUUUACAAUUUACUUGUUGGACUACAGAUAAAAUUUGUCGAUAAUCAGUGUUGUAGUAGAGAUGGGCGUGAAAAGAAGCAAGGAAUAAGAACCUAGUAAUUAACACAUAAUUUCGGUCAUAAAUAAUACGAGUUGAUACAAUGAGUGCACAUUUUUUUCAUUUAUUCUUCUUCUUGCGUGCGAUUAAAGGUUUAUCGUUGCAACAAAUGCUUGAUUUUAUUGAAGAGCUUGACGAAGCAGGUGAUCAAGAUGAUGUACCAGCUACUAUUUAUAUUGAACCUCCUGUGGAUGGCAAUAUAUCUGGUGAAGAUGAUGCGGAAGACGAAUCUGGGGGAAUACCAGAUAAUGUUUGUCCCCCUCAGCUUAAAAGCGAAUGUGAAGUUGUAAUGGCUAGUGGACGACGUUUACAAAAUUUUGAUGAAAAUGAAAUUGGAGGCAUCUGCAAAUAUCGAAGAUUUGCCUGUCGUUAUUGUGGAAAAAGAAUAUAA